CUGUGCUAUAGACCUUAUUGUCGUCGGCCCCGUCGUUCGAUUGCUUGACGCUUCCGUCGUCGUACAGUACACGGGUACGCGAUUCGCCGCCGUAGUGCCCCGUACAACGUGCCACUGUGCCAGCGUACGCCGCGCGCCAUUGCAGCAGUGUUGUGUACGAUCGUGUCUGUAAACCGGCGAAACGUUAUUUUCAAAACUCGUCAAUCGUUUUCCGUCUACGACACGGACGUUUUUUUUCAUUAUUUUUAAGCAAUUUCAAUGUUGAUACUACUAGGCGGCGGUGUCGUUGUUGUUCAAAUACAAAAAUAAUAUUAUAAAUCCGUCGGCUCCCGCGCGGUGUCCGCUAGAGUGCGUGUAAUAUAAUUCCUUUGUUUACCUGUUCGCUAUCCCCUGCCGACCCUGCAGGCCGGAGCCCUCAGCAGCUGAUAUCCCAGGAGUUUGUGAUUUGUAUCAAUAUUUUGCCAAUAAUAACUAAUAAUAAUAUUCGAAAAUAUAAUAAUUUGAGACGUUAAAGCGCGCACUUAAAUCUGCGGCAUAUAAUCUACGGCCGGGGUCUCAUCCUCCGACCACCACGGUCCGUGUACUCGUGUGAGUCGUAGGCAGACAGAGACAACUCGAACUCGACGUCGUCGGACCGACAUGUGUCCGCUGGUGUAACGGCCGACGGGGAUACCCGCGAGUAUAUCUUCGUAGCGCGUGUGUCUGUCGUGUUCGUCGGCCACGAUGUCCGUUGGCGGCCGGUGGGUAGUGUGCGUGGCCCUGCUAUUGCAGUUGGCCGCGCGGUCCGAGGGCAACUGGCUCAAGAACUUUGCCAAGCCAAAGCCGCAGCUCAGGCUCAUGGAAGGCGUCACCGAACAUUUGCACAACGUCAUGCCGUACGAACAGGUGCAGUUCAGUAGCCCAAACGUGUCUACGGCGUACGUCAGCUCCACCAAGUUCCAAGCGGCCGGCAUGGGACAUUUGUACUUCAUCACCAAUAAGUUUAUCCAGUACAUACUGAGCGACCAGGCUUUCCCCGAAGGAUUCAUUGAUGUGGAAGGUGAUAAUACGAUUCAAAUCGAUUAUUUAUCUCAUGAAUGGCCGAUAUUGGUAAGCCAUUACUGGGCAAGUGCUACCGUGUUAGUUGCUGGACUAGUGUUUGCUGUUUUAAUGCCACUUAUUGGACUGACGUUAUGCUGUUGUCGUUGUACUGGAGGUUGUGGCUCUCGGUCUCAACCAUUUGACGCCAAAUACGAUUCAUGCAAAAGACAGUUUUAUGGCAUAAUACUAGCUGGGCUUACUAUACUAAUAUCAUUUGGCGUUGUUUGUACAUUUGUGAGUAAUGAAUAUUUGGAAGACGGUGUUAAGGAGUUACCAUUAAAUGUUAAGAAAUCUUUAAAUGAUACCAGACUGUUUAUAAAUAAUACAAAAAAAGAAGUUGAUAAUUUAUUAGUUGUAAACUUUGAUGAAUUGGAAGAAACACUUUCAAAUAUAUUGGAAGCUAGUGGUGAAAUUGUUAAAAAAAAACUUGGUGAUGUUUCUAAAGCAUCAGUUUUAUCUAAUUUAACUGCUGUUGUAAAUGGACUGGGGCUCAUCAAACAAGAUCUUUCUAAUGUAGAUUUAUUGACUCGUCAAUUACAAGAAACAGCUCUGCAAUUAGAUGCUGCCUUAAAGGAAUGUCGAUCAAUAAUAAUGAAAAAAUUGGAGUCAUGUCGAUUUGAACGUACUUGUCGUGAUAUUUUAAAUCGAUUCAAUAUUCAAGAUCUUUCUUUAGAAGCAAAUUUUAGCCAGAUAUUAGACAAUGAUCUUCCAAAGUUGCCAAAUGUAACAGCUACCUUGAAGAAUAUAUCUGAUUUUAUUACUGCUGAUAUUGAGGAAGAGGUAAUGAAGGGUCAGCAACAAUUUGAAAAAGUAAAAACUAUUAUACAGAAUGCUGUUAAUGACAAUAUCCCAGAAAUAAAACUGAAUAUUCGAAAAGUGGGAAAUGCUAUUAAAGAAAAUUGUGUAAAAGUGGAUAGAGUUCUAGAUCGUGUAGAUUCUACAAUUGCUAAUUCAUAUUCCCCGACAGAACAAGGAGAAGGCCUAUUAAAAGAAUUUUCACCUUAUCGAUAUUAUGUUUGCUUGGGUGUAGCAAUUACACUGUUUUUGAUUUUGAUUUGUCUAACUCUUGGAUUAUUCUGUGGAUUUUGUGGUAGUCGACCAGAAGGUGGAUAUCGUGAUGAUGAUUGUUGCAAUAAAGGAACAGGUGCCUCAUACUUGAUGAUGGCUGUAUGGUUAAUGUUUUUGUCAUCAGCAUUUUUGAUGAUCAUUGCUUUGUUUUAUUUUGUUACUGGUGUCACUACAGAUCGUAUCAUAUGCGAACCAUUGCAAAACCCUACACCUUCAAGGGUUUUGAACAUAGUAAAUCGUUUGUACGAUGUAUCUGCGAUUCAUAAAUUAGAUAAUCAACAGCAGCCUUAUUCAAGACCAACACCAAUCAAUAAUGAUUUUAAUAUUAGUUCUAUAAUUCGAGAUUGCCAUCGUAACAUGAGUUUAUUCCAAGUUUUAAAAAUGGAGAGACUUAUUGAUCUUAACAAAGUUUUAGAAUAUCCCACUUCUUUUGGUAUUGAUGAACAUAUUGAUCAAUUAGUAUCAAAAAUAAAGUUAGAAGGAGAAAUAGUAAUCUUAACACCUGAGGCAGAGAAACAAUUAAUAAAAUUAUCUAAAUCACCUCUAUCCAGUAUUAAUUUCCCAGCAUACACGCAUAUUCUUGGUGAGAAAAUAACAUCAAUUGAUUUGAUCCAACUUGCUGAUGCAUUAAAUCAAACAGCAUCUCAAUUGCCAAUGUCGAAAUCAGAAGUUAAAUUUUCACUAACAAAUCAAGCUAUGUACUUAAAGGUACAUCAGGCACAACAAGUGGCAUUAAUGUUAGAUAUAAGUCAACGGUUAGAAUCCACUGCUAAUCAGCUUCAAGAACAUUUACGUUUUAAUCAUUCUUCGUUGCGCCAUGCAGUUGAACAUCUUCUAAUUGAGGUCGAACAAGCUCAAAAGUAUUUAUAUAAUGAAGGGCCAACAAUAGUGACUAAACUGGCAAAAGAAUUUGGAGAAGAAUUUAACAAACACAUAGAUCAAUAUUUACAAAGAAUUGUUAAUCAAAUUAGAGAAGAUGUUGGUAAAUGCUGGCCCAUGUCACAGGCUUACAAUGCCUCUAUUGUUGCUGGAUGCCAAAAAAUACUUAAUCCUUAUAAUGGUUUCUGGAUGAGCGUUGGUAUUUGCUCAAUACUCUUCAUGCCCAUUAUAAUUCUUUGUGUAAAAUUGGCUUCGCUCUACCAAAAGUCAGAUCCCUAUCCGGGUCCAUUAGUUGAAGCAGAAUACUUGUAUGAUGCAUAUACAGACCGUGAGAAUAUUCCAUUAGCAAGUUCAAACAACAAGAAAAAAAAUGCACGGAAUAAACCACGUAAAAAAGUGACUACUGCUCCGUGUGGAAAUCGAUCAUCAAGUAUACCUAUAGGCUAUGAGAAUAUGUCCAACCCGGAAAUUGCUGUUAACACAUCAGCUACUGAGAGUCGUCAUCCUGGACAUGGAGGUUCAGUUGAUUAUAGUGCUCAUCUUGGGCGAGCCAAUAUUGUAGUGCCUACUACAAGCCCUUCAGGUGGUUUACCUGAAGCACAACCAAAGCCUACCUGGGACUUCCCAAAUGGUGGACCACCUCAUUAUCAAAACCCGAUCUCAUCUGAGUAUGAACGCCCUCCGCCAUAUUACUAUCCUGGCCCUUCUGGACCACCAGGAGCUCCACCUGAAUCUCAGUCAUCAUAAACUCAUCAAUUACACAAAACUUAAUCCAUUACAAUAAAAAACCUUUUAAAUUGAGAACUGACUACAAUUCAAGAGUUGUGACCCUAUUUUUGUUUAAUAUAAAAAUUAAAAUUCAUAUCUGACUUUUGAAUAUUGACUCCGAAUGUAUUAACUUAGUUGAUUGCUCUCUUUAUCAUUAAAAUAAGAUUUUUUUGUUUAAUACAAAUAUUUAUUAAAAUUAAAAUUAAAACACAUUUACUUUUGCCAUUGCGCUCAAAACCAAAAAAAAAAAACAAAUCUAUAUUGUAUCAUUCCUUCAUAAUACUGCCUUAUUUAUUCAUUGUGAUCAAUUAUUUUUUUAUGUUUAAUAAAUAAUUUUUUUAUUCCCAGUUAUUCUAAGUUUAUAAAGUAGUUUGAAAUUGUUAUUUAAAGACUAGAUAAUAGCUCAUAAAUACAUUAUCAUGUUUCAAUUAGCUUCAUAAAAUUCCUUGUAAAUAUAAAUAGAAUAACACAUUUAGCAAUUUAUUAUUUUUUUUUGUAAAUAUUUUAAAUUACUAUUUUAUUUAACCGAUAAAAUUAAGAAAAAAAAUAGAUUUAAUACGAUUAGUCUUGAAGAAUAAUGUUCAGUUUAAAUCUGAACAUCAUUUUAAGUUACAAAAAUCGUUAAUUAUAUUAUAUUUUUUUUAUUAUUUUUGUGGCAAUAUAAAGUUAAACUAGUCAUCGUGUGACAGAUAAACAUCAGAUUAUGACGUAGACUGUAUAGAUCUUACAAACAAGUACUGCUAUUAUUUGUCCUCAAAUAUUUUUAAUUAUAAAAAUAAAUAUUAUUAUAAUAAAUUGUACAAUAUUCAAUUAUAUUCAAUAAGAUUUAUCAUAUCUAUACGUCUAAACAUUUUUUAGUGGAUAUCAUAUUAUAUUCGAUAUAUUAGAUUAGAAAUAAAUUCUUUACAACUUAGUAAAUUAAUGAAAAUCAAUGAAGACAUUUAAAAUUAUAUUGAUAUUAUGUGAUCUUACUCAGCUACUAACAUUAAAAGAAUCAUGUGUGAUUUAUUAUUCCUUUGAAAAGCCUGAUUUUUUUUUAAUUAUUUAAUUGAUAACAUAGUAGUAUUGUUAAAAAAAAAUACGUAAUAUUAUAUAUAUAUAUAUUUUUUUUUUUAUUGUAUGUUUCGUAUUCUCUGUUGAUGUGUAACUAUUGACUUGAAUGAGCAUUAAUUAUCAUGUAAUUAACUAAUAAACGUGAGUAUUUAUGUCU